CUAUACCUCUAUACUAGCCCCAGGGCAGGGACUACCUACCUCCUCUGUACCUACCCCUCCGCUGCUGUACCACCUCAAACCCAACCUGGACAUCGCGGGGUUGUUUACAUUCUCGUUCAACUCCCUUUCACUCACUCGGAUUCACAAAAAAGACCAAGUCACUCACCAUGUCUUCAAAUCGCGGGUUCAAUCCCGAGUCCGAGUCUUUCGAGCAACGGCCGCCCUUCUACAUUGGCCAGCAUGAUUCCCACAGACAUGAGUCGCCCACUGAGAACCAGUACGGCCAGAUCUUGGACAGUGGUUUCAACUUUGUCACCACCCCCAUCACCAACGAGCAAUUUCACCAGCGCGUGAUCGACUUGUACAAGAGCCAUCUCCAAGAACGGGAACAGUGGGGCACCGAACGGGGACUCACUGAUGCCCAAAAGGCCAACCCUUCGCUGCCACUUCCUACGGUCCCAACCUUGACUGACGACGAUACCUCCCUGUUCCCCAGCAGCUACGUUGGCUCUCUCAUCGCCUACGCUAGCCCAUGGAUCGACCUCUGCUCUGCCGAUCCCAUCAUCUCAGACAUCUCCCGCCAGGUGUUGAACCUCGAGCUCGCCUACGCCAACUUCUGCGGUUCCAGGACCAUCAUUAUCCCCGGCCCAAGACAGGAUGAUGGCCGUGCCGUUGCUCAGUAUGCCCGGGCGAUUCUGGAGGCUCAGGAGGUCGGAGGUCGUGUGAACCUUGUGAUCCACCUGCCCAUGUACCGCGAGCCUGGCUUGGAGGAGGAAGCAGAGACGCUUUCUGCCCUCCUUGGUGGUGACGGUAGCAACAGCUCCAACUCCAAGGAGGUCGUCAAGACCGAUGCCAAUGCCAAGGGCACCGAGAUCGAUCUCUUCAGCACCUGGGACAGCUGGCACACCAUCCGGACCGCCUGCAAGUACAGCGGUCGUCUGUUUGUCGCCCUGCGCAUUCCCAAGCGAGUACCUGAAAAGGACCUCCAGGAGCGCUGGUUCUCCGAGCCGCUGCACUACCUGACCCUCGACAAGAACAUCUUCUCGCUGAACAAGGCCGGCCAUCCUUCCCUCACCCGCCACCAUCAGGACUUGAUCAACCGUUACAUGCGCCUCAAGAACCACCCUUGGUUGAUCCUGAACAAUGUCGGCCCGUCGGCGGAAAGCCUCGUCGAGGCUCCCAGCAAGAUGGAGGUUGACUACCCUCCCCUGUCUGAGGCAAGCAAGGCGAUCAAGGAAAACCGCAAGCCGUAUGCUCCUCCUUACAACGACUACGUCGACUACAUGAAGUACCUCGAGAGGCAUCAGCCCCCUUACUCGGCCAUGGAAACCCCGUCGCUCGUCAGCUUCCAGGACUGGCUUCAGUCCCCCCUCCAGCCGCUCUCCGACAAUCUCGAGUCGGCCACGUACGAGGUCUUCGAGGGCGAUCCGGUCAAGUACGAUCAGUACGAGAAGGCCGUGGCCGAGGCCAUGCUCGAGUGGAAGAAAUACAACCGGCCCGUCUCCUCCGUGACGCCCGAGACGCCCGACGGCAAGGACCUGAUCGUGGCCGUCGCCGGCGCCGGCCGCGGCCCCUUAGUCGCCCGCGUUCUCCGGGCCGCCGCAUCCACCAACACCUCCAUCCAGCUCUGGGCUCUGGAGAAGAACCAAAACGCCUACGUCUACCUCCUCCGCCGCAACAAGCGCGAGUGGAACAACUCGGUGACGGUGAUCAAGACCGACAUGCGCGAGUGGGAGGGUCCCCGCCUCGCGGCCAACCCCAACGUGAUCACCAAGCUCGACAUCCUGGUCACCGAGCUUUUGGGUUCCUUCGGCGACAACGAGCUUUCCCCCGAAUGCCUCGACGGCAUCCAGCGGCACAUCGCCCACCCGCACGGCAUCUCCAUCCCUUACUCGUACACCGCCCAUCUCUCGCCCAUCGCGCACCCGCGUAUCUUCGCCGACCUCAGCAAUCGCGUCGUCAGCGACCCCAACGCCUUCGACAUCCCCUGGGUGACACGCCUGUUCCAGCUCGCCUACGUCGCCCAAAAGGUUCCCAAGCACGGCCGCUUCCAGCAGGCCUGGGAGUUUGUCCACCCGGUCGAGGUGUCGCGGGCCGACGACUUUGCGGCCAAGAACGGCCGCGCGCGCAAGUAUGUUACGCAGGGCAGCGGCAGCAUGUACGGCUCCAGCGGCGUCAACGAGCAUAAUGCUCGCCAUUGCCAUCUGACGUUUGUGUGUCCCACGAGGGGCGUGAUUCAUGGUCUGGCGGGUUAUUUUGAGUCAGUGCUGUACAAGCAUGAGGAACAGGGGAAGACGCCGGUGGAGAUUAGUAUCUUGCCGGAUCAGAUUGAUCGGAAGAGCAAGGAUAUGAUUUCUUGGUUUCCUAUUUUCUUUCCGCUUAGGCAACCCCUCUACUUCCCCCAAGACACCGAGCUAGAAGUCAGCAUGUGGCGCCAGACCGACGACACCAGGGUAUGGUACGAGUGGAUGGUGGAGGUGUACGCUUGGGUUGGUCCCAAGACCCGUAUCAAGGUUGGCGCUUCCGAGAUGCACAGCAGUCGUAAGGUUGCCUGCAUUUUUGGUUAGAAGAAGAGAGGAACAUAAAAUGGAGGUAGCU